AUGAAAAAGGUCUAUGGAAUUUCUGUAAAUUCGGAGCAAAAUAUGUUUGCCGUAGCUACAGAAGAUGGAUUUCGUAUCUUUCAAUGCAGUCCAUUGCACGAGUUAAUCCGGUUAGAUAAACGCAUCGUUGGAAGUUUAAGAAUUGGCAAAGUUCUUGGUUGCUCAAAUUUUUUUGGAAUGGUCAGUGGUGGAUUCUGCCCGAAAUAUGCUGAAAAUGUCGUAAUGGUUUGGAAUGAUGAAAGAAGGAAGGAUGACUUUUACAUGGAGUACACCAGUACCUCACCUAUUUUGAACUUCCAGAUGUCAAAAACGAGAAUGGUUCUAGUAGGAAUGAAACAAAUUCAUGUAUUUAAUUUUCCACAAGAACUAGAUUUAAUAAAGACGAUCGAAACGGGGACGAAUAUUCAUGGGUUAUGUGAACUUAGCAAUGAUCCAAAUAUGGAGCUUCUCAUUUAUCCAGGAAAUCAAAUAGGCAGUGUCCAGUAUAUCAAUUUACGUGAUGUCGCGAGACACGCAACUUUGACACCAACAUUAAUCAAUGCUCAUCAGUCUGAUGUGGCGCAGCUGGCACUAAAUAGUACGGCUACACUUUUGGCUACUGGUUCAAAUAAAGGAACGGUGAUACGAAUUUUCGAUACGAAAACUACUGAAUUAAUGCGUGAAUUUAGGCGAGGCGCUGAUCCUGUUACUUUACAUUGCGUACGUUUUUCACCCUGUUCUGCUUUUUUGGCGGUUGCAAGUGAUAAAGAUACUGUGCAUAUUUUCGCUGUAAAAAAUAAUGAUCCGACGUGGACGAACAAGAAAACAUUAUGGCAGCAAGUUGGUCUUUUAUCAGAAGAUGCUGAUCGAGCGCGGAUACAAUUCAAAUUAUCGAAAGCUACUCAAAAUGUUACACUUACUGAAUUAGCUUUCUUAAAAAAUAGUAAUGAAUCGAAUGGUAUUGAACUGAAUGCCAAAAAUCGUUUUGUUUUGCGCAGCCAUGCUAUAGCUGCAAUUUGUGACGAUGGAAGCUAUAAUUUGUUCACGUUUUCAUCCGAUGGUACAUUUGAUUUGGUACGUGAUGAGUUUUACCUAGAUUGGGGUGAUGAUGAACAUUUUUUCGAGCAGUGUUUCGAAUGA